GCAGCAUGUCGCUGAAUGCCUGGGAGUGGGAGGAUGAGGACCCGGAGAGCAUAGAGCCCAUCUCCUCCAUCACUAGCCUUUACCAGUCCACGAGUGAGUGUGAUGUGGAGGAAUACCUGAAGGCCAAGGCCAGAGCCCAGGAGUCCGACUCUGACCACCAGUGCAGCAGCCUUGAGUCUUCAGAUGAGCCUGCCAGCUCCGAUGCGCCCCAUGUCGUCCCCUGCAAAUUCAUCAUCUCACUGGCCUUCUCUGCGAAUACAAGUCAUAAAGGAAAAUAUGCAAGUGGGAUAGAAAAAUAUAAGAAACACCCUAAAAUGGACAGUCCUAUUGCAAAGCUUCGUCAGUUCUACCACAUUGAGUAUUUCCUCCUGCCAGAUGAUGGAGAACCUAAAAAAGUUGACAUAGUGCUGUUUCCAUCGUUGGCCAAAUUGUUCCUGGAGUCAGGAGUGAAGACCGUGAAGCCGUGGCUCGAAGGUGACAAAGUCUGGGUGUCGUGGAUGCAAACUUUUAGCAUCAACGUGACAAAGGAAUUCUUAAAGAAAAUAAAUUUUCACAAAAUCACCUUGAGACUUUGGGACACCAGGGACAAUGUUUCCAAAAAAGUCAGGUAUUACCGAAUAAGGAUGACUGGCUACUCAGACGACGUGGGAUCUCUUGAUAAGUCAGAGGAAGUGAGGCAUUUGGUUUUAAAUCAGAGAAGAUUAUCUGAACAGAGCACUGAGAAAGCCACCAUUUUCAGAGAGGAGUGGAAUCAGAAGUAUCCACCAGGAAAUCAAGAAAAAACAGAAAAACAUUCAAAGUCUUUGCAAGGUUUUCACCAAGCAGAGCUUGAAACGUCUUCCAAGAACGGUGAGGAAUAUGAAAAGUCACUCAAAUCGGAUGAUCCUUCCACAGUCCGAUGGAGUUCUCCAAGAACACCAACUGUUUCUUUGGCAGGAGCAACCAUGAUGGAGAUCAAGGAAUUACUUGAGAGAGCAUCAUUUAGCAGCUUCACAAACAUGUUAGACAGACAAAAGUCUCAAAUUAAAGGGAAAGAUUCAGAGGGAAGAAAGAAAAGCCAGAAGAAAAGUAUAAAGUCUCGAGCAGAAGAAGAAAUCGAUCCCAAGCUGGCAGACCACUGGAAGCAGAGCACCUUCUCCAUCCAGCUGGCAGUGAUGCCUCUCCUUGCUGAGGCUGUGCGUGCCCGUGUACUGCAAGUACCAGUUCCAUAAGACUCCGGUUCACAGGACUGAGGGGGCACCCCAUGGAACCCACAUUUGCUUGCAAGACAUCAAUGUCAUCUUCCUUGGGGCGAUUCACCCCAGUGACCUGAGGGAAUACCUGGAGGGCCCCCCUAUGGUGGUAGAAGUUCAUGACCGGGACCGCAAGUCAGAAGAGUAUUCUCGGAAGCCCACACUGUUUGGGGAGGAUCCCCUGGAUUCAUACCUCAAUUUCCAGGCCCUCAUCUCUCCCAGAGACACAGAGAACAACCCAUUUGAAUCCCAGAAUAAGAUAUGGGACCCUUAUGGGGUUGCCCGGGUCAGUUUUGCUGACCUCCUCCUCGGCCACAAGUACUUGAACCUGGUUGUCCCCAUCCACAGCUGUGAGGUUAAGCCCAC